GCGGGAUUUCUGACAGCACAGGAAGGCACCACAAGUCCAUCCUCCCCAUCAGCAGUCUGGUCAACAACAUUUCUCCUGCAAGACUCACGAGUAAACUUCACCGACUCUUCACCACCGCAUUUUAAAACACCGACAUGGAUGCCCUCAAGUCGGCUGGGAGAGCCAUUAUCCGGAGCCCAAGUAUGGCGAAACAGUCCUGGACUGCCGGCAGACACAGAAGGGCUUGACCAGACGGCAAAGCAACAGGGCUGUUGCACCUGAGGUCCAGCAUUUCACACAGAUAUUGCCAUUAAUGGGGCUCUAUUGGCUUAGACACUCAACUUCACGUCUGCCUACCAGCUCCCAGAGAAUUGGACUGACACGCGGGAGACCGUCGUAGAGGGGAUGACGUUUAAUCUUCGUCACCUCGGCAUGACGCUAGUGGACCAGCCCAAGGGAGAGGAGCUGUCCGCUGCUGCAGUUAAGAGGAUCGUUGCCACGGCUAAAGCUAUUGGGAAGAAGCCUAAGAAGGUUGCUCUCAAAGUUUCCCCACGGGGAAUCGUCCUGUACGACCGCUUGACCGAUAAACUCCUGGAAAACGUCUCCAUAUACAGAAUAUCCUACUGCACAGUGGACAAACUGCAUGAUAAAAUGUUUGCUUAUAUCGCUCAAAACACCCUCAAUGGGACCCUGGAGUGCCACGCUUACCUCUGCUCCAAAAGGAAAGUGGCUCAGGCAGUGGCUCUGACGGUAGCCCAGGCCUUCACAGUAGCUUUUGAACUCUGGCAAGUGGCCAAAGCAGAGAAAGGGAAAAGAGUGAAGUCCGGUUCAGCUGGAGAUGGCAGCAGUAGUUCCCAUUCAGAGAGGUCCAACAGCCUGGGGAGUCUGAAAGGGACAGAUGUUGCCACGGACAACCUAUUGGACUUUGAGGACAGUGUGCAUGUGUUGGUGGAGACCAAUGGGAAUGUAGAGGAGGAUCAGCUGGAUAACCGCAGGCCCUCUGAGACCAACAACAACUCUGCCUGGGGAAUCGAAGAUGGUUUGGAUGAAGCCUUCUCCAGACUGGCAGUGUCACGUACUAACCCCCAGGUCCUGGAAAUUGGGGUGACGCCCCAAGACUGGCUCACUGAACCCGACUGGGACACCACCAAUGGAAACCCUUCCAACGAUCUCAGCCCUUUCGGGGACGAUAUCUUCGGCUUCUGACCUCCACGACACAGCAGAGAAAGAGACGACAACUGAGGGGAGAAUGGGUGUCUUUAUGUCUUCCUAUGAAGGCAUCACUGUGCAUUUAAGUCCAUAUGGGAAUAAGUGUGGAGUUGUGAGAUAACGUUUGGCCUCCUCACUUUGUUGUUGCACUCUUCACAUGGACUGUUCUUCUGUUUUUUUUUUUUUUGUGGAAACAGAACGGGCUGCUGCCCCUGCACACCAAAGCAAUAAUUUCAUCCUGUUUACGGUUACUGCAUAUGUCCUAUUAUUACACCGCAAACAUUCUUACAAACCUAUGUUUACCAAGUUCAUCUUAUGUCAGCAUUUGUUGUCCUGUUUGCUUACAUUGUUCUAUUUCAGUAGCAUCGUAAUCAAUGUUUUGUAUAUGUGUUUAGUUAUAAUUUAUAGAUUUGUAAUUAUUUUUUUUAUGGAUGAAGAGUAGGAUUUAAUUCAGACUGAUGUACAGACUGUAUCAACAGGCCUUCAUAACAGUGGGACAAUUGCACUGCAAUGCCACACUGUAUUAAGUUUGAAUGGAUGUAGUUAUUGUGAGGAUUUAGCCUUCCACCACCUUGGAUUGUAAAGUGAAGAUGUCUAAAAUGUGAAAAUCAAGCUAGUUGUAUUUAUACGAACCUUUUUGUAGCAGUGGACAAGUUGUUACAGGCGGUACUUUUUCACUGCAGUGUAACAGUGUUCUCUGGACGGAAGCCCAGAUGUGUUCAUGGUUAUCAGAUUCCAUUGUGGCCAUUUCAUGUACAUUAUAAUCCACCAGCAUUAUACAGAAUUAAAAUAUUAAAAUAUAUUCAUA